GUUGCCGUGACAACGAGGAACAGUUACGAGACGGUGCGACCCGGAGGAGGGGAGGCCGGUGCAGAAGAAUGGAAGGAAUUGUAAUGUGAUGCUAGACUUUGUUGAAGCCACGCCACGGUGUUUCCUGAUUGAGCAUGUUAAAAAAUAAGGAUCAUUCAUCUAAAAAAGGUAACUUAGCAGUCACUGCAGUUGCCUUACAGGACCACAUUUUACAUGAUCUUCAACUUGGACAUCUCUCGGUAGCAGACCCUUGUAAGACAAAUGUGCAAAAGAAUGAGAACAAGACAAAAUCUCUCAAAAGAGACACAACGGCCAUAAUAGAUACUGGGCUUAGAAAAACUACAGAGGGCCCCAAAGUGGAAGAUCCAGAAAGGGAGUAUGUUCUAGAUCCUGCACCGCCAGCGCUAACUUUAGCCCAGAAACUGGGCCUCUUGCCACCUCCCCCAUUGCCACUGUCAUCAGAUGAAUGGGAGAGAGUGAAGCAGAGAUCCCUCCUACAAGGGGACUCCAUGCAACCAUGCCCGAUAUGUAAAGAAGAAUUUGAGCUCCAUCCUCAGUGUGAACGUGCUCGGCUGUCUGAAUGCUACCUUCAAGCAUCCGGAUGCCCUUCUAGAGGAUGUACUACUAACCCAGGACUCUGCUCUCUCCGGGUGGACAGGUGCUGCUCUCCUGCUCACACGUAUUCCACAAGAAAGAACCAAUAUCAAACCAGAGUGAUACAUGAUGGGGCCCGCCUGUUCAGAGUAAAGUGUGCCACCAGAGUCCAAGCCUACUGGAGAGGGUACAUCGUUAGAAAGUGGUACAGAAACCUAAGGAAAAUAGUCCCUCCUACGGAUGCCAAGUUAAGGAGAAAGUUCUUUGAAGAAAAGUUCACAGAAAUCAGCCACCGACUCUUGUGCUCAUACAACACCAACAUAGAUGAACUCUUCUCAGAAAUCGACCUCUGCUUGGCUGUAAAUCGCAGCAUUCUUCAGCAGCUAGAUGAAAGAUGUGGCCAUGAGAUCACUGAGGAGGACUGGGAGAAAAUCCAAGUGCAGGCUGCUCACCGGGAGAUCUACGAGUGUUCCAUCUGCCUGACCCCACUCUCCUUCCAUGGUGACUGCCGGCAAGCAGCUGUAGGAACCAGCGGCCAGCGGCCCCGUGAGACAGUCCUCCUGUCCUGUGCACACCUGUUCCACCAUGCCUGCCUCCUGGCCUUGGAAGAGUUUUCCUUGGGAGACAAUGCUCCUUUCCGUGCCUGUCCUCUCUGCCGCUCCUGCUACCAAAAGAAAAUUCUUAAAUGCUGAAUUCAUGUUCAGGAAGUUAAGACUAAAAGGGAGUAAAAAGCCUACCUUGUUUUUGGAUGAGCUGUGUGAGUUUUGGGUUGAGUACUACACUGCUGUCUGUUCUUUGUGAUUACACAAAGGAGAUAUAAGGGCCCAUCUAACUAUCACCCUUAUUACAUAAAAAGCAGUUUGUGUAUUGUGAGUUUAGUUACUUGAAAUAAAUGAAGAAUAAUGUUACUUAAAAUAUAGUGUCUAACCAACAACCUGGAAACUGACAUUCUUAUCCAAUGCGUACGAAUGCUCCCUUGGUUUUUAUGUAAUAAAUUAGUAGUAUAGUGAAGUACUUUUAACAUGUAAACUGAAAAAAUAGUGGUGUUCAAAACAGGAUAAGUCAAAUGUUAAUGAUGAUGUACAGAAUCCUGAGACAGACAACUGAAAAUCCCUGGAGCCUACAGAAUUGGUGCCAGUGCUCUAAUGUCAAACCCCACAAGUGCUCAAGUCCCUGAUCUGAAAUGGUGCAGUACUUCCGUAUAACUGGCAUACAUCGCUCCACAUACUUUGAAGUCACCUCUAAGUUAAAAUGCCCAGUACAGUGUAGGUGCUCUGUGGACAGUUGCUGCACUGUAUUACUUAGGAACUAAGGACAGGAAAAAGAAAAAAACAUGUGUGUGGGUGUGAACACGGAUAUAGUGAUUUUCUUAACUCUCUAAACCCCAGGUUGGAUACAGAGCACUGGUGCUAAGAUUGGUGGUGGACAUAGUAGUUAAAGAGCAGCUCUGCUCAGGUGGCCCUGGCCACUGGAACAGAUAAAGACCCAUCCAACAGUAUUAGUAAUGUGGUCAUCAAUGCUGGGGUGUCUAUCCUACAGACCCUUCGAGCUCCCUGGUUCUUUCUGUCUCCGGAAUUUAAGUCUCUUUUGCCUCAGUCUGACCAGGGAAUCUCUUCUCUUUGAGGAAGAGCCUGUUGAUGACUGUGCUGGGAGGCAGUGUCCACGUGACACAGAAUCCCAGGGAAGGGACUGGUAUUGGCUCAAGAAAGCAAGACCAAGUUCUCAGCAUAAGGGAGAUUUAUUUACCCCAGAGGGACAAAGGACAAGGAAUAAGAGACAAAGACAAGAGACAGAGAAGGCAGAAGGGGAAGGAAGAAAGGGAGAGGGUAAGAAGGGAUAUAUGUCCCAGAGGACAAAAGACUGCCUCUGGAUAGAGAGGAGACUGGCAUGGCCCAUAAGCAAAUGGCAGUUUAUGAAUGUAAAAGGGAAAACCCUGUGUUAGGAGGAGGGGUUUAAUUUUAAUUGGGUAUAAAGGGGGCUUUUCAUUGCUGGGCUUCAAUACUUUGAUAGGUGGAUCUUGGUAGUCAGCCUCAGAACAAGGAAGUGGACAAUUAAGGGAAUGGACCUUGAUGGUUAGCUUUAAGAAUGUAAUCUAAUGGAAUAGGGAGAAGGGCAAGGCCUGCCAGAGCCAUGUGUGCCAUGCUUAGGCUGGCUAGAGUCUUCACCCAGCCUGGAUGGAGGCACAGCAGUGAAGCAGGUAGCAAGUAAAGGUACACGCCAGGGUUCAGAACUUCCCCCUACACAAUGUUUUAAAUUCAUAUUUAUAUAAGUGUUUAAAAUUCAUAUUUAUAUUUUAUCCUUUUGAAAUGGCUCUUUUGGUUUAUAAUACAGAUAUAUAAUUUAUGAAUUAGUAUGUAUAUGUUAGGUUAUGCUCAAAAGUUCUUGAUUAGAGACAUACUAUUGCAUUUGGAGACUCACUUUAAACAA